AUGGAAUACGGUUUACUGUAUGGAUUUGACUGGGUUGUGUGGUUGACGGUUUUAUGGUACUGUGUUGGAGGACUUUCGGUUGCCGUAUGCAUAAAGUAUGCCGACAACAUUGCUAAGAAUUUCGCCACCUCGGUUGCCAUCAUUUUGGCGACGAUUGGUUCGAUG